AUGGAUUCGUUAUGUAGCGAAUAUGGAGUUGCAACAGCAGCCACUGGUAUCGCAAAUCGUAGAAAUAAGAAUGAAAAUCAGAUAUUAGUUAGAAAGUUGCAACGUUUAGAGAAGGAAGUCUGCUUAGCAUCCAAGAAAAUGUUACGUGAUCGCCAGGAGGUUCGUUUUCAGAUGCUUAAAUUAAAAGCUACAAAUUCACCGGUUAUGCAACGCCAGUCACCUCUACCUACAAUUGAUCCUUCUAUGCCUCUUUUGCGACCAACAGUUCAUAAAAAUGAUUAUCGAGAUGAUCAAAUCAAUUCAGUACCUAAAAUAGUCACUGAAAAUUCAUUAUCAUACACGUAUAAGAAAUCACCUGGUAGGAAUCGAUCAGAAUCUGAUGGUAUCUUAGUCCAAAAGCAAUCACAUUGCAUAGCUACCAAUAAUCAAAGUUCUGUACCAAGAAGGCGCCUAGAAUCAGAUACUAGAUUAAUACAGAAACCAUCGAAUAAGCUAUCUUACAAAGGCAGCCCGCUAGCCAGAAGACGUUUAUUAUUAUCACAACACCACAACUCUGAAAGUGAUCUUCUUCAACGACUUUGUCAAAAGCCAGAUAAUAUCCAUCAUUCAUUCAAUGAUAAUAGCAGCAUAAACGAUCAAAAACCAGAUCAUAUCCAUCAUCCAUUUAAUGAUAAUAAUAACACCUUAAAUCAUGAGAAAGUUCCUCAAGCAGAGGUUAAAACAAAAGUAGCCUUUACUGGGGAUAACCUUAUUUUUUCUUCCAAGAAUGAGUUUCAUUCAGAGCGGCUACGCCGACAUAGACAACUAUCAAAAUUGGUCUUGCCUCAUAUUAAUAGAAAUCAAGGACAUUUGUACCAUGAUGAAGAGGAAGAUGAAUACAGUGCAAUGGCUAAUCAACUUGGGCCCCUAACUAAAGCCUAUUUAAGCUCACCAUCACCAGUAUCCUCAGCACGAAGGUGUAGUAGUGAUACAUUUAAAACCGAUCAGUCUGACUGGCUUGAUGAAACAAGCUCAGAUGAAGAAUCUAGCUAA